AUGGCCGCUAGUGGCCUCGGCCUCUCCACCUCGUUCCUCCCCGGCCAUGACACGCUCCUCCGGCGCCGGCGCCGGCGGCCGACGAGCCCCGCCGCCGCGUCGUUCCGGCCGGUGACAGCGGAGCUCGGAAGCGUCGCGACGGGGCUGGGCCGGCAGCUGGUGGAGGCGGUGGGCGUGGGGCUCCCCUGCACCGUCAUGCAGUGCGGCGACGUCAUCUACCGCAGCACGCUCCCCCAGAACGACGGGCUCACCAUCACGGCCCCCGGCGUCGCGCUCGCGCUCGCCGCCGUGUCCUACCUCUGGGCCACGCCCGGCGUCGCGCCGGGGUUCUUCGACAUGUUCGUCCUCGCCUUCGCCGAGCGCCUCUUCCGCCCUACCUUCCGCAAGGAUGACUUCGUGCUCGGGAAGAAGCUUGGGGAGGGCGCAUUCGGGGUCGUGUAUAAGGCGUCACUGGCGAACCCCGAAGCGGCUAAGAAGCAAGGGAAUGUGGUCGUGAAGAAGGCAACAGAGUAUGGAGCAGUGGAGAUUUGGAUGAAUGAACGUGUCAGGAGGGCAUGUGCCAGUAGUUGUGCGGAUUUUCUUUAUGGCUUUCGCGAGACCAAAGCAAAGGGCAAGGGAGCUGAAGAAUACUGGAUUAUUUGGCGUUUUGAAGGCGAGGAUACACUUUAUGAUCUCAUGCAGAGCAAGGAAUUCCCUUACAAUGUGGAGACAAAAAUUCUUGGCAAUGUCCAGGACUUGCCAAAAGGAAUAGCGAGAGAGAAUAAGAUCAUUCAAACGGUGAUGAGACAACUCUUGUUUGCUCUUGAUGGACUUCAUUCGACAGGCAUUGUUCACAGAGAUAUAAAACCUCAAAAUGUGAUAUUUUCAGAGGGAUCAAGAACCUUCAAAAUUAUUGAUCUUGGAGCAGCAGCUGACUUACGAGUAGGAAUUAACUAUAUUCCUAAAGAGUUCCUUUUGGAUCCAAGGUAUGCUGCACCAGAGCAGUAUAUUAUGAGCACGCAAACCCCAUCUGCUCCUUCUGUUCCUGUUAUGACAACUUUGUCUCCAGUCCUGUGGCAGCUGAAUCUUCCUGAUAGAUUUGACAUAUAUAGCUUGGGGCUCAUAUUCUUACAGAUGGCAUUCCCUUCACUACGAACUGACAGCAGCCUCAUACAAUUUAAUCGCCAACUGAAGAGAUGCGAUUAUGACUUGCAAGCCUGGAGGAAUCUGGUGGAGCCACGAGCGACUGCUGAGCUUCGGAGGGGCUUUGACAUCAUGGAUCUAGACAAUGGUAUCGGAUGGGAACUCCUCACGUCGAUGGUCCGGUACAAAGCACGGCAAAGGACCAGUGCUGAGGGCGCAUUGGCACACCCAUACUUUAACCGUGAAGGGCUCCUUGGCCUCUCGGUCAUGCAAAACGCUCAACUGCAACUGUUCCGGGCAACCCAGAAGGACUACAGUGAAGCCGCUCGGUGGGUUAUUGGCCUCAUGGCAAGGUCAGGAACUGAAGAUGUGGGAGGCUUUACAGAAGCACAGCUUCAAGAGCUUAGGGAAAUAAAACCAAAGAAAGGCAGAGCCCAGCGGAACGUGCUUGCCUCCGUGCUGCGCCUGCAGAAGAAGAUCGUGAAAACGAUCAACGAGAGCAUGGACAAGCUCGCCAGCCAGCGCAAAAGCAUCUGGUGGAGCCGGUGGAUACCCAGGGAGGAGUAG